GGCAGCGUAUGCACCUAAAACAGAUAAUUGGGAAGGUGGAAAAUGUCACCUGAUUCACACUGAACUUUUGAAAAUCUCCCCACCCCCAAACACUCACACACACACACACACACACACACACACAUACACACACACAUACACACGCGCGCACACAUACACACACAUACACACACACAUACACACACACUAGGAGACCGCCCACCGCAAACAGCUAAGACCCCCAUAUAGAUUUAAAGAGAGACUGCACUCAGAUUCUGACGUUCAUUGAAUAGAGCAGUCUGACUAGUGGUGCUCUCUCCUCCACUUGAUAUUGUCGCUCUCUUGCUCUCUCACACACGCUCACACAUACUCACUCAGUCACUCGUAUCCUGAGGAUGUUAAAUCAGAGAAACCAGCCGGGCAUGCUUUUACUCCUGAUCCUGCUGUGCCAGUUCAUGGAAGAUCGCACAGUCCAGGCUGGGAAUUGCUGGCUCCGGCAGGCAAAGAACGGUCGUUGCCAGGUCUUGUACAAAACUGGUCUCAGCAAAGAAGAGUGUUGCAGCUCGGGGAGGCUUAGCACUUCGUGGACAGCAGAAGACGUGAAUGACAGCACGCUUUUCAAGUGGAUGAUUUUUAACGGGGGCGCCCCGAACUGCAUCCCUUGCAAAGAAACGUGUGAUAACGUGGACUGUGGACCUGGAAAGAAAUGCAAAAUGAACAAGAAGAACAAACCUCGGUGUGUCUGCUCUCCGGAUUGCUCCAAUAUCACUUGGAAGGGCCCAGUCUGUGGACUAGAUGGCAAAACCUACAAAAACGAAUGCGCUCUCCUCAAAGCCAGAUGUAAAGAGCAGCCAGAACUAGAAGUCCAAUAUCAAGGCAAAUGUAAAAAGACCUGUAGAGAUGUUUUAUGUCCAGGCAGUUCCACGUGUGUGGUGGAUCAAAGCAAUAAUGCCUACUGUGUGACAUGUAAUCGGGUUUGUCCAGAGCCUACCUCCUCUGAGCAGUAUCUCUGUGGGAAUGAUGGAAUAACUUAUCCUAGUGCUUGUCACCUGAGAAAGGCUACCUGCCUGCUGGGCAAAUCAAUUGGAUUAGCCUACGAGGGAAAAUGUAUCAAGGCAAAGUCCUGUGAAGAUAUCCAUUGUAGUGGUGGAAAGAAAUGUUUAUGGGACUCCAAAGUUGGCAGAGGCCGGUGUUCACUCUGUGAUGAGUUGUGUCCUGAAAGUAAAUCUGAUGAGGCUGUCUGUGCUAGCGACAAUGCCACUUAUGCCAGUGAGUGUGCCAUGAAGGAGGCUGCCUGCUCCACAGGUGUGGUCUUGGAAGUAAAGCAUUCAGGAUCUUGCAAUUCCAUUACUGAAGACACGGAAGAGGAGGAGGAAGAUGAAGACCAGGACUACAGCUUUCCUAUAUCAUCAAUUCUAGAGUGGUAAACCCUCCAUCAGUGUUGGGAUAGCCCUUGGGCAAAAAAAAAAAAAAAUCAGUGUCCAUACUGUAAAUAAGUGUAUGCUUAUUUAUUUUGAGGGGAAAAGUACACGGAAAGGACCUUUGUCCUGCAGCCCUCUCCCAGGCAACCUUUCCACUGACUUGACAUGGGAGAGGCUGUCAGUGUGAGGUCUACUGGAUUGGGCUCCUAGUUGAGACUUGUAGACAUUUAUUUAUACUGUGUCAUGUUUUAUAAUUUAUACAUAAAAUGUCUGGUUGACUGUACACCUUGUUUUUGAAGAAAUUUAUUCGUUAAAGGAAGAGCAGUUGUUAUUUAUUGUGAGGUCUCUUGCUUGUAAAGUAAAUGGCUUUUUUUUUCUCCUUGUAAAACAUUUUAAUCCAUUCCUUACCACUCACUUACCUGGUCACCUUUCGGUUCACUUCUGUUUAAUUCCCUUUCCACUUUAAUGAACAUGCAUGUCAGUUUCUACCAUGUUUAUUUAUUGGAUUUUCUGCUGCCAGUUCUGUACAUACAUGAUCCCUGGGGUUUUUGUUUACAAGGAAUCUUGACUGACCAAAAGGCAUUAUAACUUGACUCAAAUGUAGAGUACAGUGGUCCCAUCUUAAAGGAAAUUCCUACUUCAGUUCUCUCUCAUUCUGCCCAAGAUAGUAUGGUGAUACCAGUACUAGAGUGAAACAGAUAUGUUAUUAGACUUUGAAAAUUCACAGAUCCAAAGAAUUAGGGUGAGAAAGAUGACUAACAGGGACGUAGGUGUGUCAUGGCAGUGGAGGGGAGAUUAAUAGACACAUACUUAUUUUUUUUAGGUGUUUCCUUUCAGCUGGACUGCUGUACCCUUUAAGUUAGUUCUUUUCUCAAACAAUAUGUCAUUAAAAGGUAUAUUAAAGCUUUAUCAGUUCAGGUUUCUUGCUUUUCAUAAUUCCUUCUGAUGCAAUUUUAUAUUUUCAAACAUGGCAAGUUAAAUAUAAAUUCAU